AUGUAUCAAAGAUAUUGGGCAGGACCUCCGCAGCAACACAAUGGCAACGUUCCUAAUACUUAUAUUAUGUCUGACAUGCCUAAUGUUUACCUACCGCCUCCACAACAACCAAGGAGGUGGGAAUAUCCUAUAAUGGAAACCAUUCAAACUCCAACAGGACAAUACAAUGUGCUGCCUAAGGAAGCAUUCAAGAAGAAAAAGUUCAACAUGAAUAACACUCCUAACAUUCAGUACAUUCCAUACGAUGUAAAUUAUUCCCGUCCCGGCGCCUCUACCAUGGAAAUCAAAGUCAAUCCAAACAUUCCAACACAGCAAAAUACUCGAUUUCCAAAAACUACAUUGCAAUCAGCACAAACAGGCAUUGCGGUAAUGAAACCACCAGCGCUUAUAAACACCAUUCAAAACAACCCACAUGUCCCGAACACCGUUGAAUAUUCCAAAACGUCAGUAACACCAGCAAAUCCAAGAAACUUACAGAUACAAAACAACAACAAUCCUACUACAUCUAAAGUUAGUGCAAAUAAUAAGGAAUUCAGGCAAUUCAGUGGACGUCCCGAAGAAAAACUCUUCUUACUCACAGGGACUGUAGAAAGAGCCAUACACUGGCAUAAAUUACUACCAAAUGCGCUUUUCUACAUUGAAAUUAUCGCAAGCGUCGUCACCCUUCAGGAAGGGAAGAUAAAAACGCAGAAAAUAAUGCUGUUGCGCGACAGAGUCGGCCCCAUCUUGCAAGUCGUCUACUACCAACUCACCCAUCUGGCUAUAGAAAAUUUCCAUUUGGGCAAAAUGGUGAGGUGCGUAGGAAGAAUGGCAGGCUCUAAUAUCUUCAACGCCGUUUGCAUCAGAGACGCUACUGACGAAGAAAUCGAAGCUUUGAGCAGAUUAACGCUUAUUUCAGACCAAGCUGUUGGAAUGCAUUUGAAGAAUUGA